AUGCAAAACACUCUCGCGUCGAAGGGGAACGAUUUAAUUCCCAAAGCGAAACAGUUCAUUGCAACUGUUUGCCUGGGACCGGUUACUCUUGGUGCAUCGCUCAGUUGGACGGCGCCGGUUUUGCCUCAGAUGCAGAGCGAAAACUCGACGUCCUACAUCCACUUGACCACCUCCGAAGGUUCGUGGGUUGGGGCAAUGGUUGCGAUCGGUGUGCUGAUCUCCGCCUUACCUUCCGGGUACUUGGCCGACCGGUACGGCGUGAAGAAGAUUACCAUCGGCCUGGUUUUACCGGUGCUUCUAUUCACCGCGAUUGUUGUUUUCGCAAGGGACGUGUACGUGCUGUGUCUCGGCCGGCUCCUGUCUGGAAUAGCAACCGGAGGAAUAUCGGUAGUUGGCCCGAUGUACAUUUCCGAAAUUUCCGACGUAUCGCUACGCGGAAUGUUGGGAUCGUUUUUCGAAUUUUUGAUUUAUGUUGGAGUUGUCGUCGUCGUCACGUGCGGUGCUUACGUGCACUACGUCACGUUGACUCUAAUCUUGGGAACCUGCGCGUUGGUAUUGGGGAUUGCCUUCAUAUUCCUACCCGAAAGCCCUACGUACCUAAUGAAGCGCAACCGUAGAGAUAAGGCGGAAAAGGCGCUGAGGUUCUACAGACCUGAAAACUAUAACAUUGACAAGGCCCUGGAUGACAUUUAUGUAUGCGUGAACCAAGAGUACAGGAAGCCAAGUAUUCGAAAGGCCUUACAGUCCCGAGCGGUUGUUCGUGGGCUCAUCGCCGCAGUGGGGUUGACCAUCAUUCAACAGCUAAGUUGUAUAGAUGGCGUCAUAUUUUACACUGUUCAAAUCUUUCAAGCUGCCGGUACUGAUCUCGACCCGUUUAUAUCGUCCAUUAUUGUUGCGGUCGUCGAGCUCUUAUCGGCUGUCAUAGUGCUAUUCAUGAUUGAAAGAGCCGGACGGAAAGUUUUUCUGUACAUAUCCUGUUUAGGCACUGGGGUUUGCCUAGGAGUCCUAGCUCUGUACUUUCAUCUCAAGCUCUAUAAUAUUGAUUUUCCUGGCAUGGAUGCGAUACCCUUAGCAAGUAUCGUGAUAUACGCGUUUUUGUUCUCCGUUGGUCUCGGACCCGUGCCCUACAUGAUUUACGGGGAGCUAUUUGCAUCAGAAGUUAAGGGCUUGGCCAUUGGAAUUACAAUAACAACGAACUGGACGUGUCUAUUCAUUAUUACCAAAACUCUACCUGUGAUGAUGAGCGAUCUUGGAUCGCACAUACCGUUUUAUAUGUACUCUAUUAGCGUAAUAUUAAGUGUGGUAUUUAUUAAGUUCUACAUUCCUGAAACGAGAGGUAAAUCUCUGGAACAAAUACAAGAAGAACUAGGAAGCUCUAAAGGAGCGAUUCAGGAAUGCAAUAGUUGUUAA